AGUCAGCAGACGGCGAUGUGCGUCUUUCAGGCGAUGCUGCAGCGUGACGUAUAAUCUAGCGGACGGAACGGAUCAACAACAACGAGUCAGCCACCUUGGUAGCCAACAGCCGAAACAUUUAGACUGUUUCUGUGCAUAUUUGCCUCUGUGUUUUAAAUAUACUUCUGACGUCUAGUUAAUUGCCCCCAUUUAAAUGUUAAAGGUACAUUGUUAGUCAACUAGCUGGCUUGAUAAGUUAGCCUAGCACUAAACUAGUCGCUCAUGCUAACUAGCUAGCAUCCCCGAACAUGAGCUCCCUAAACUACUCCCCUCCUGUUAAAGAAGAGGAGGUCUGCUGGACGGAGAAAGAAGCUCUGGGGCUGAACAUUGUCGUGAAAGAGGAGAAGGAAGAGGAGGAUGUUACAGUAAAACAAGAAGUAGAGGGUGAGGCCGUUACAGUGAAAGAAGAAGAGAAAGACGUUUCAGUUAAACAAGAGGAAGACGCGUUCAGAGUGAAAGAGGAGAAUGUUACAGUAAAAGAAGAGGAGGAAGAGAAAGAGGAGGGUGCCGUUUUUGGAGUGAAGGAGGAGAAACAGGGAGAGAUAACGGUCAUAUUGACAGACGAGUCAGAAGAUCUGAUUACCACCAGAGAGAGACCAGACUCUGACAGCGGGAAGAGUUCCUCAGGGGAAACAGACCCAGAGACGCCUAACCAACACCACUGCUCCCACUGUGGAAAGAGUUUUAGGUGGUUUGGGAGCCUGAAAAUGCAUGAGAGAAUACAUACAGGAGAAAAGCCCUACCACUGUUCCCACUGUGGGAAGAACUUUACUCAGUUAGGAGCCCUGGUUGGGCAUGAGAGAACACACACGGGAGAGAAGCCUUAUCACUGUUCCCAGUGUGGAAAGAGUUUUACUCAGUAAGGGAGCCUGAGAACACAUAAGAGAAUACACACAGAAGAGAAGCCUUACCACUGCUCCUAGUGCGGAAAGAGUUUUACUCAGUUAGGGACCCUGAGAACACAUAAGAGAAUACACACUGGAGAGAAGCCUUACACCUGCUCCUUGUGCGGAAAGAGUUUUAGGUGGUUAGGGAGCGUGGAAAGGCAUGAGAGGACACACACAGGAGAAAAGCCUUUCCAAUGUUCCCAUUGUGGAAAGAGUUGCACCCAGUUAGGGAGCCUGAAGGAGCAUGAGAGAAUACACACAGGAGAAAAGCCUUACCAUUGCUCCCACUGUGGAAAGAGAUUUACCCGGUUCAGGUACCUGAAAGAGCAUGAAAGAAUACAUACACAUACACAGGAGAAGAAGACAUACACUGCUCUCAUUGUGGAAAGACAUUUUCCCAGUCAGAGGACCUGAAAUCACAUGAGAGAAUAGAGAGGCUGUGUUCUGACUUGUGUUUUUGACUGAGAAUGUGUGUUUUUGUUUGGACCGUCAGACUAGAGUUCAAACAGGGAAAUGGUUCCAAUUGUUUUUCCACCAUUCAUUUUUCCCAUAGGGCUGUGUUUUGUUUAGGCUCACCCUGAUGUGACGUUUUGAUAACCAUGUAAAUCUCUCUAGGACAAGGUGACUGAGGGCACACAGUGUGUUGUGAUUUUAUUGUAACAUUUUUAAAAUUGUAUAACUGCCUUUAUUUUAGCUGGACCCC